CGUAAGAAACGGUCGGUAAUGCCGGCGUUGACAUGACGACUGCAGCAACAUGGCGUUCACAUUGUGGACACUCUUCGAAGCAACUCUGUUAUGUUUGAAUGCGAUCUGUGUGUUGAACGAGGAAAGAUUUCUCGCCAAAGUUGGUUGGGCGUCGUGGCAAAAUGUACAAGGAUUUGGAGAACCUCCAACGGCCAAGUCACAAAUAUUGAACCUCAUUAAGUCGAUACGAACUGUGAUGAGGGUUCCUCUGAUACUUUUCAACAUCUUGACAGUAGUUGUAAAGCUUGUGCUUGGCUGAUAACAAAGAGGUACAUGAAUGGAAUAUGCUGUGUGUAAGUCAAAGUGUUGAAAAUAAUGCAUUCAUAAGGGAAUUUAUUAAAUUAUAUUUUUAUGUCUACAAAUCGUUUUUUACUUUACAUGUAAAUUUUGUUGUACAUCAAUCUGUGAGAAUGGAUUAUGAAUGGGUUUCUGUAUAAAACAAAUAAUAUGUGAUACAUUUAUCUUUU